GGCUGUUUGAAGGAGAGAGGCGGUUGGGAACCGGUAACGGCUGCGGCGCGAGGAGGGGAGAGGCUGAGGUACAGCUGUGGCACGCCAUGGGAGCAGUGUCCAGGCCUCGUAACAUGCUGUGCAGUACUUGAGUCUUGACGGCGUAGCUGGCCCAGAGCUGCUGCAGGUGGGUAACAUUGAACUCCUGCACUUCCCGGUCAUAAUGCCACUGGAUGUUCUCAAACUCACAGUCAUAGAGGACCAAGGGGAACUCCACGGCCAUACUAGGAAAAAUGAGAGACGGCAUUACAAACUGAUGGCGAGGUGCUGGAGGCAUGCUAGAGAAGGGUUGUGAUAGAAACGCGUUACAGCAUUAAUGUAACAGCACCACAGCCUGCCCAUUCUGCUAAUAACAGAGCUGCCUUUCACAAAAAUGCUUUUCUGAAUUAAUUUUUACCAAAUACCAAGGGUUAAGACCAGCAAUAACUUGUCCAGGAGCACAGCAACAAGAAAAUCAGAUCCUUAAGGCUAUCUCACAGAGACGCCAGCAGUUUGCAUUCUUGCUGUGUAGCCCAAGAGGUUGCUGCCCAUACCUGUACUGUGGUUUUCGAGGGUUCUUCUCCACAUCCAGCAGCUCAUCAAUGAUCUCUGGGCCCUCCAUCCUUUGUCCGAUCAGGAAGAGGAUGGCCAUCAUGCAGCGCACUUGGUGGUAGAGGAAUGCCUGUCCCGUCACCUCGAACUGGCACAGUCGGAAAGGGUCCCGCAGGCCACUUUCAGCUCCCCCAUCCGCCCAUGUCACCUGGGCACUGAGAAUUGUUCUCUGGAAGUUGAUGACGCCAUUGGCCACGUCCAUUUUGCAGAGGUUCCGGAAGUCGUGCGUCCCCACGUACCGCUGGGCUGCAGUGUGCAUGAGGGCCACGUCCAGGUCUGCACAGGGGAAGAAGUAGCGGUAGGUCCUCUUGAGACAGCUGAACCGGGCACUGAAAUCUGGCUCCACGGGGGCCCAGGCCAGCACGCGGAUGUCAGGGUCCAUCCAGCCCAGCAGAAACCAUGGAGAACAGGCUGGGAGCAGACAGGCAUACAGGUGCUGCUCUGAGUGAUGAGGAGCUGGAAGGAGGCAGCGAGAGUCAUGGAGCAGAAGGGGCACCUCUCUGCUGCAGUGCCUACGCUGCGCCCACAGCGCUGCAGGCAGCCCGAUCUCCAUCCAGAGGGUUCCCCUGCGCAGAGCCCAGUGCUGCACCGUGGUGCCCUAAGGGCUCGAGGAGGCAGGUGAUGAAGAGGAAGGUGCUGAGGCGGAGACCUGACGGAGGAGUCGAGGUCUGUGACGAAUCGGUCACCAGCCUGCUAGAGACCACGGCCACGUGGAACCUGACACAGAAAAUGCUGCAGCUGAGCACCAGCCCAGAAGACAGCCUCUCUGAGGGAGAAAUCGAGAUGAGCAGCAGUUUUUUCCAAGAGUUUACCCCAGAGCCUUCCUAUCAGGGCGCUCAGUGCGAUCCUCCCUUCCUGCUCAGGGUUGUGCAGAGCCAGAGUCCUCCCACCUCUCACUGCACAGCCGCGACAGUGCAGCCCAAGUCCUUCAUUCCUCCCAGGCUGGAGACGCUGCGUCAAAACCGCAGCAAAAGCGACCGGGUGGCCAAAUAUUUUGAGUACAAACGAGAGUGGGAGCGGUUCCCCGUGCCGGGUGAGGACCAGCGCAAGGAUGUGCGCGGCUGCAUUCGGGGGCGGAUGCUCACACAGCACAGCCACCCCAGCAAACCGCAGCACACCUACAUCCCCAACACCUACACGGUGCCCACGGACAAGAAGAGGGCUGCCCUGCGCUGGGAGGUGCGCUGGGACCUGGCUAAUGGCCUCAUCCCCAGGAAAAGCGCUCCGCUCUGAGGUCAUUCUGGAUGCUGUCCUCUUCCAUCCAGGACCUCAACAACACUGGAAAUCUUUGUGUUUGUGUAAGCGUGUUGGUUGUAGUGUAAAACUUCCCCCAGCUCCCCAGGUUAUUGGAUUUUGGACAUCCUUACUUCGCUACGACACUGCAGAGCUUCACUGAGUCACUGUUAGAAAGCUGAGGAAGCAGUGAGGGAAAAACCACUCGAACUCCAUAACGAAGCGAGAGGUGUGAUUUUUACGUUGAAAUGAUGCUGCUGCCCCGGACGGGGGGCUGUGUGAGCUGUUUGAUGUAAGGCAACUUGGCGACGUACUUCAAUAAAGCCCUUAAUUAGGCCCA